CUGCCUAGGCGCACCCAUACAGGCCUGACUUGCCAAUCUUGAGAGUGCGACAAUAAGGUAGACAACAUCAAUUGGAUUUGAUAAGUCUGGAAAGUGACGGUCUACGAUCCUACAGCGUAUAUAUCACGGCAGUACACGAGAUAACUUGUUUCCCCUUUGUUAGAGCCCGCCUUGCCUCCCUAUUUGUCUCAACCGUGUCUAGCUCACCUCCAAACUUCCAUUGAGCUCGACCUUGAACGCGCGCCAGUAAGCUCGGAGUACCUAAUUCAAAGAGCUUCCAAACACCCCAAGCAUUGCGAAGCCGUGCCGCGAGCUGGGGCGCCGUGUUGUAUCCUAUUGAGAAAAUACCCAUGGAAGCCAUGCGCUCGAUACAACCGCCCCGAUGAGCACACAGCCACCGGAGAGGGAAGAUGAGGAUAUGGGCGAAGACCACUUAGAUCCGCUUCCCGAUGCGGAUGUAAUUUCCAGUGACGAAGAGACGAUCAAGGGGGAUGACCAGGACCAUAUUGCCGGCGUCUUGGAGGAAGAGCUACGGGAAGAUGUAUCCAAUCCGCCGCCAGUCGAAGGCUCUGUUGCCGCCAGUCGGUACCGGCAACUGCUCAGAGACCAAGCCGAUGUGUCCGAUGAGGGUUCGUCGAUGGAUGGUCUACCGCGGCGAGCUUCUAGUCCAAUAAACUCUUUACUAUCGAUUCCGGACGAUUCACCUUCUAUCCAAGGGUCGGUCUUAUCGUCACCCGGUAGCAGCGUUGCUCCGUCUAUGGCAUCGCGACCCGGAUUAGCCAGUCCAACCCCUUCUUUUCGGCCCUUUGACCGGCGAUUCCAAUCACGCAUCUCCUCUCCAUCUACACUAUCACCGCGACCUUCAUCUCCCGCUUUCCUGACGGGACACAGUAGAAAUGUGUCUCUCAGUAGCCAGCUCUUGCUAGAUCCCGGGGAGACCGAAACCCCCUCGCCGCCAUGGGAAGUUGUACGAUGGACGAAACUUAAGAAACUGAAUGGACAAUGUUUCUCGGAAGCUGGGAAGCGCAAUUUUGGUUCUCCUACCUGUAUAGCUAUCUCUGCUUCAAUUGUUUUGGGCACCACUAAGGGCAUAAUUCUAAUGUUUGAUUACCACCAAACUCUGAAAAUGAUAAUUGGACCAGGCACCAGAGCCGUGGAAUCUGGGGCGAUCACAUCAAUCGCCAUAUCAGCGGAUCAUACCACAAUCGGGGCCGGUCAUGCAAACGGAAGCAUCUUCACCUGGGACACAAGUCGGGCCUCGCGCCCUUUCUUACACAUACCUCAUUUAGAUCCGGCCCAAAUGCAACAUCGGACAGUGGAUGGCCAUAUGCCCAACGUGGCUGUCACCCACCUUGGAUUUUUGGGUACGAGACACACAGCCUUGGUUUCCGCAGAUGAUCGAGGCAUGGCUUUCUCUCAUUUAGCCACCAGAGGAACCGGCUCGCUUGGUAGAACAGUCAAGACGGUGAGGAUACUUGGACGUUAUCCCGAGACCCCAGCGCCAGCAGGCAAACCUUUGAAACCCAGUACUGUACUGGCAUUCUCGCCUCUACCCCUCGGAAAUGUGGAACGUGCUACAGACUCAAUGGGUCUUACGGCAAUGCUCACACCAUAUCUCUUAGUCAUUGUAUCAACAACACCCAUCGCACAGACCCAACAUAAGUCGGCAAGACCAAAGGAUGUUGCACCACAUAGUGCGAUGAGUGGAUGCUUGGCGUGGUUCCCCGCGGUCAAGUUAAAAGUUCCCGACCCUGCUACCGGCAGUACAAUGUCGAAAGUCAAAUUGGUUUACUGCUGGUCGAAUGUUUUGACUGUUCUGGAUGUGGAUGAGAUACCCCCCGAUAACAAGGAUAAGCAGCCAACACUCAAAUUCAAAGCACGGAGCCGUUGGAAAUGUGAAGAGGCUAUUGUCGCAGUUCAAUGGCUUAGCCGCUCGGUCUUGACCGUAUUGACUGUUAGUCAACGAUUGAUCAUUCUGGAAGAUCGUUCAAUGAGGAUGACUGAGGCUUUCGACCUGAUUCACAAGUACAUCUAUCAUUUGGAUUUAUUUUCAGAACAACUACACGCGUUGGUAGAGCAGCUGGAUGAAGAUGACACCUCUAUGCACGGUGUUGUUGCUGAUGCGUUCUAUAUGAGCCUGAAGACAUAUAAGGGGCGCCUCUUUCUGCUCGGAUUCAACGAUGUCUCGAUUGGUUCACUGUCAAACUGGGCUGACCGCUUGAUCGCAUUGAUGGAAAAUGGCGAUUAUGUUGGCGCGAUUCAAUUAGCAACCUCGUACUAUACUGGCGACGCAAACAAGUUGACUAUUGGACUGCCUGAAGAUGCAGUUUCGCGGCAUCAAAUGGUACAAGACAAACUAAUGGAGAUCAUGACAGCAUCGUUGAAAUACGCCUUUGGCCAACGCCAAAAGAACAAAUCCUCAGCAGAUGACCAGCAUUUACACGAAUUAGCAGAAACGUGCUUUGUGGCGUGCAAGAAUGUGGGUGACAUUGACUUUCUAUUCGAUGAAGUUUACGAGUGGUUCGAAGAGGGUGAAGUCGAGGGAAUAUUUCUAGAGGUUCUCGAGUCAUAUAUCCUGGAAAAAACCAUAAGGACCGUGCCACCAACCGUCGUCAAAGCAAUGGUAACGCAUUUUGUGACCCAAGGCUGGGAAGGUCGCCUUGAAGAGAUGAUUUGCCACAUGGAGACGACUACUCUCGAUAUUGACCAGAUCACACUGCUUUGUAAACAGCACGGUCUUUAUGAUGCAUUGAUAUACGUGUGGAACCAAGCCCUGAAUGACUACAUAACACCACUUAUCGAUCUUCUCACCCUUCUCAAGCCACUGAUGCAAAGUGGGGAUUACGAACCAAACAGCAAUGUGAUGGAAAAUGAGAUCUUCAGUGUCAAUUCUCUCAAAAUCUUUCCUUAUCUAUCUUAUACGUUGACAGGUAGAGUUUAUCCAACGGGAGAGGCUAUCGAAGAAGAACUGGCUUCUAAGGCAAAGGCCGAACUUUAUUGGUUCCUCUUUUCUGGAAACAUAAUUGAGUGGCCAAAGGGUAGCAACAAAGACUUCUUGACUCGGCCAUCAGGGACGCAAGAGCCACCAUUUCCCUAUCUAAGGAUGAUAUUGAAGCUUGACGCUCCAAGCUGUUUAAGUGCGCUAAAUGAGGCUUUCGAGGACCCCUUUCUCAAUGAGUCGCAGGAGAAGCAGCUCAAUGGAGGUACCGGAAAGGACCUUCCAGAAGAGCAAGUGUUUGGCAUGACUGUCGAUCGCCAGUACAUCGUGUCGAUCCUGCUGGAGAUAAUGAAUCCCGAUGACUUCGCCCCAGAGGAUACUAUCUAUUUGGAUAUGUUCAUCGCGCGGAAUCUGCCCAAGUUCCAGCAGUAUCUCAUUAUCCCGGGGUCGACAUUGGAUAAAAUAAUCAGCGGCCUCUGCAACUACCCAGGUGUUGAUCUAGCAGAUGAUGCCCAACUUAGUGCAGAAUACCUUCUUUCAGUCUAUCAACCGCCAGACUUAAUGCCAAUGAUACCUCUGUUUGAGAAGGCGGGAUUUUACCGUAUCUUGAAGCGAAUUUAUAAAACUGAACACCGAUAUGGCUUGUUGGUGCAAACCUACUUUGACGACCCUGAUGAUCAGGAAGGGAUUUUCGGUUGCCUUGUGGAUUGUCUCAAACCUCAAGCUAGCUUGAAUAAACGGCAAAUUCAAGAUGUUUACGAUGUUAUCAAACAGCAUUCGGCGGAACUAGUAGAGUUAGAUGCGGAAAAGGCUGCACAGAUGCUCCACCAAUAUGCACCCGAACUACACCACUUUGUCGUGGAGUCUCUCGAAGAUAGCCCCGAGCUACAAUAUGCAUAUCUCAAAGCACUUUUCGAACCCGAAGCUGGAACUUCUCGACAGCCAGAGAACAAUUUGGGACGAGAAUUUAUCGAGCUCUUCGUGCAGCUUAUGUGUAGAUAUAAUUCCAACCAUGUAUCGGAUUACGUUGGUUCUGUUCAAGCAACAAACCUAAGACUCGAUAGAUUGCUGCCAACCAUGGAAGACACUGGCGUUAUCGAUGCCGCGGUCAUUCUCAUGGCACGUGAAGGACAAGUACAGGAUGCAAUGAGCCGUCUAACAAAACAUCUAUUUACACUAGAGUCAACGCUUCAAGGGCUCUUGUCUGGCACAGUUGAAGACAAAGAGGAGGUCGACGUUGAGGAUGUAGCUGAAGAACUUUUAAAAGCACUGCAGAAAUAUACCCAUGUUGGUAUUUGGUUGUGCCAAGGCCAGAUGAAAACAUCUCAACGGGUUGAUGUUCUCCAGAGACGACAAAGCUCACCGACUCCUAGCGAUCUUACACCAAGUGAAAAGUUAUGGCUGGAAAUAAUUGACGUUACGGUUCAAAUCACCCGCAGAUUAUCCAGCGUUGUCAGCCCACCUGACCAGGGCACAACUUCAACACGAGACCAUAUCUCGCAAAUUCUAGAUACCGAGAAACUUGUUGGUUUACUACGUUCGCUAGUUCAGCAUACCUUCACGGCACUUCUUACGGCAACAUCAGCACAAGGAUCCUUGGAGUCGAGUAACCGUUUAGUUACGUCUUCUGGAGGCAGCUUGAUGUUUUUGCGUAUCCUUCGCGCCUUUUUGACACGUGCAGCUGCCACGUCACCAAAUCUUGCUGAUCUGCGAGCCGUUCUAGCAUCGAUUUUCUCCGCUUACGCCUAUGAGCAGUCGAUUUUGCAACUUUCAAAUCGAUUGCUGGAGCAGCAGCUAUUUGUCAAUGUCAAGCAAGCAGUAGAGUUACGCCAGAGGGGCUGGCGCCCAAAAGGAUCUACUUGUGAGGCUUGUGGACGUCGGAUCUGGGGUCCUGGUGUUUCUGGCAAUGUGUUUGAAGCUUGGGAAGAGAAGCAAACAAUUGAGACUACAAGGCGAAAAGAGAAGAAGUCCCUUGCCGCUGCUUCUACUUCCUCUACGGUUCGUGGGAAGGGUAUAGCAGAAUCCUCAACAGAGCAAGAGAUAUACUCGGGGAAAGGCAAAGGCAAGAGUGUCGAUCCACCAGCUCAACAGGGUUCACUUGAAGGCACAACAGCCCAAGGUGAAAAUUCUUCUGAGGACAGGGGCUUAAGCGUAAAUGGCAAUGCUGUAGGCUCGAGGAGGAAUGAGCCGUUGGGACCACUUGUUGUGCUUGCAUGUAGGCACAUCUAUCACCAAAGAUGUCUAGAUGCAUUGCAGGCACAGAGCAAAGAUAAACGCCACAAGUCAGUUGAUGAUUUUGGCCGCGAAAGAGAGUAUAUAUGCCCCAUUGAUGGUUAGAUACUUACAGAAACACAAAUACUUGUAUAUACUUGUCACCCAAUGUAUUGAUGAUAUAUUCCUGACUUUCUUGAAACUAGUUGCACUAGCAUGAUUGCGAUCCCGAAGGCUUUCAUCCUACGACGGCCGGAGGUCUGUCUCCUUGAGAAACGAUGUCUACGUCCAUAGUUGCCUAUGAAAGUCUCACGAGUUGCUUCACUCUCUUCUGUUGACGUUUCUGUUGAGUCACACAAUUCAACUGCGUGUUUCCAGCUGACCUAGCACUAAAGUCGUCCUCGCUCCCGAUCUGCCAGGAAGCCCACCCAGAUCGUAAUUCUGUAGGUACCAAUCUUCAACUUCACGCUCUCAGCUCGCUUGUAUGCUUUUUUGUACAAUUAUAUCUCAUAUUACAGCAGUUGUUGAGACUCCUGGCAAGAGAUGUCGAAAUUUCCGGGGGUUUUGGUAGUGGUUCUACAA